AUGGGUGAGAAACCGUUGACGGAUGCUGAACGGAAGAGGCAAAUCUCUCUUCGACGGCUCCCGAUCGUAGAAGGUGUGAACAGUCUAAAAGAAGCUUUUAAUCGCCAUUUGCACUACUCGCUCGUCAAGGACAGAAACGUAGCAACGAAACGCGACUACUUCGCUUCUUUGGCGCACACAGUGAAGGACAAAUUGGUUGGAAAGUGGAUUCGAACACAGCAAGCUUAUUACGAGAAAGAUCCCAAGCGUGUAUAUUAUCUUUCACUGGAGUAUUACAUGGGCCGCGCGCUGACAAACACUAUGAUCAAUCUAGGAAUUCAAGGAGAAUGUGAUGAAGCCAUGUACCAGCUUGGCCUUGAGAUGGAAGAGUUAGAGGAAGUUGAGGAAGAUGCUGGUCUUGGAAAUGGAGGUCUUGGAAGAUUGGCAGCAUGCUUCUUGGAUUCACUGGCUACCUUGGGUUAUGCUGCAUAUGGCUAUGGAAUCAGAUAUGAAUAUGGAAUAUUCAAACAAGCUAUUGACAGUCAUGGAAAUCAGAUUGAGUUGCCAGAUGACUGGCUGAAAUUUGGAUGUCCUUGGGAAAAGGCUAGACCAGAGUACAUGAUCCCUGUUCAUUUUUAUGGAAGAGUUGAGUCAGACGUAACUGGCAAAACAAAGCGCUGGGUUGAUACAAGUACAGUGUAUGCUAUGCCUUAUGAUCAACCCAUCCCUGGCUAUGGCAACAACACUUGUAACACCAUGAGACUGUGGGCAGCUAAAUCUCCAAAGAGUUUUGAUCUUUCAUACUUUAAUGAUGGAGAUUACAUAAAAGCUGUACUGGACAGAAAUGUGGCAGAGAAUAUUUCAAGAGUUCUAUACCCAAAUGAUAAUUUUUUUGAGGGGAAGGAGCUACGCUUGAAGCAACAGUACUUUAUGGUUUCUGCCACACUCACUGACAUUGUUAGAAGAUACAAAGCCCCAAAAUUUGGUUCCAGAGAAGCUGUUCGCACAACUUUUGAGGAUUUUCCAGACAAGGUUGCUAUUCAGCUGAAUGACACUCAUCCUUCUCUAGCCAUUCCAGAACUCAUGAGAGUAUUCCUGGACAUUGAGAAACUCAGCUGGGAUAAGGCGUGGGAUAUUUGUGUGAAGACUUUUAGUUACACCAAUCACACGGUUCUUCCUGAAGCAUUAGAAAGAUGGCCAGUACACAUGUUGGAAUACAUUCUGCCCCGCCAUCUGGAGAUCAUCUAUGAAAUAAAUGCUCUCUUCCUAAAGAAAGUAACAGAGAAGUGGCCAGGAGACCUGGAGAAAAUGCGACGAAUGUCUUUGGUGGAAGAAGGACCUGAAAAACGCAUUAACAUGUCACACUUGUGCAUUGUUGGUUCACAUGCAAUCAAUGGAGUAGCCGCUCUUCACUCUGAACUUCUCAAAAUCUCUGUGUUUAAAGACUUCUAUGAGAUGUUUCCAGAGAAGUUUCAAAACAAGACCAAUGGCGUGACACCUCGACGAUGGCUUCUUCUUUGCAACCCUGGGUUGUCAGAUCUUAUCUGCGAGAAAAUUGGUGAAGGAUGGAUCACUGAUCUUUCUCAGCUCAGAAAGUUAGAGAAGUAUGUCAAUGACAGAAACUUCAAACAUGCUAUCAUGAGGAGCAAACAGGAGAACAAGAUCAGACUUACAGAUUACAUCAAGAGAGAGUAUGGCAUUGACGUCAAUGUGAACUCCAUUUUUGACGUGCAAGUAAAACGGAUUCACGAGUACAAGAGACAGCUUAUGAACUGUCUUCAUGUUAUAAUUAUGUACAACCGACUUAAGGCAAAUCCAGGCAUGGAGUUUGUUCCACGCACUGUCAUGAUUGGAGGAAAGGCAGCUCCAGGCUACUACAUGGCCAAACUGAUCAUUAAACUCUUCAACAGCAUUGCCAAAGUGGUGAACAAUGAUCCAAUCAUUGGGGACAAACUCAAACUUGUGUUUCUUGAAAAUUACCGAGUCUCACUUGCUGAGAAGGUUAUCCCAGCAGCUGACCUCUCUGAACAGAUAUCCUUGGCGGGGACUGAAGCAUCUGGGACAGGAAACAUGAAAUUCAUGAUGAAUGGUGCGCUGACCAUUGGUACGCUUGAUGGAGCCAAUGUGGAGAUGAGGGAGGAGAUGGGCAGCGAAAACAUCUUCAUCUUUGGAAUGACUGUUGACGAAGUCAAUUCCUUGAGAGCAAAAGGCUAUAAGCCAAUGGAUUAUUACGACAACAACACUGAACUCAGGAAAGCCAUCAAUCAGAUCAGAGACAAUCACUUUUCACCGACUGAACCUGGUGCUUUCCAGGAUAUUGUCAAUUCUCUCCUGCAUCAUGAUAGGUUCCUUCUGAUGGGAGAUUUUGAUGCGUACGUGAAAUGUCAAGAACGGGUCAGCGAAGUAUUCCAGGAUCCUGACCACUGGCACAGCAUGGCAAUCAUGAAUAUUGCAUCUUCUGGUAAAUUUUCAAGUGACAGGACCAUCAAGCAGUAUGCAGAUGAAAUCUGGGGUGUGAAACCUUUAAGCACUAGUGAAGUGAAGACCGUCAGAGGGAAAUAAGCUGCCAUUUUGCCAGUUUAAAGAAAAUUGGUGCCUCAGCAAGGGUUUUGCAAUGAAUUCCUAGGCCUGAAUCUUUAAAUAAACGGUUAUAUUUAGUGCUAUAUAUGGCAAAUUUAGUGAAUGACACUUGCUUACAUGUAUGUGUUGCUUGCUCUAAGGCUCUAAAUUUCAAACAUUAAUAGGUUUAAGCUAUGGUAAAAUUGUUGAGCUAUUUGCUGCAGUUUAAGUUAGAUGUAACAUAAAGUAACACAGAGCAAUUACUAACCACUAGAGGGAAAGUAGGUCUUUAUUUGGUCAAGAAUUCUUGAGGUUCAGUUUACAGCAUUGUACAACGGGUAAGAGAAACGAGUCAAAAGUUGCAGUAAGAGUCAAAUAGUGUAAAGAGCUCAAAUGAGAUUAAACAUCUCCAAGUGUAGUUUUCAAGAGUUAGAAAAUACAUAAGAUAAUACUAACCUAGGUAAGUUGAAUUCUUGAUAAGAUCCAAUUGAAAUGAUUGGAUUGAUGAUCUUACAAUGGAAUAAAUGCGUUUUUGUUAAGCUUG